UUCAAUUUUUCCUUUAAUUCUUGCAAUGUUCAUUGGUAAUCAGUUAUGUUCCAAAAAUAGUAAUGUCGCCCAAGCAUCACAGAAGGCUGCGCAGGAAACUGACGGGGCAUCAAUGCUUACUGCCCCCUGUCAUCAAGGGAAAAACGAACUGGAGCACACGAUCGUCAAGUGUGUGUGUGUGUGUGUGAUCACCAGAAUGGAGCAUCUAACUUAACAAAAAUGACCCACAGGAAAGACUAGAAUUGUCUUGGGAUGAUGCCUGACGCAAAAAAAUGCUUUCUAGAGUUUCCACAAAAGUAAUUUAGACUCUCUGGAGGUGCAAUAGCUAACGUUAGCCAUGUUUUCUCGUUUUAGUGGAAUGGGCGUUGGGUACAACAUAACAUCGAUCUAGUCGAGCUAACCUAGCCUAGGUUCCGCCUUAUAACGCAAUGGUGGCUGGAAUAUCUCCCGCAUGUCAUGUUCAAGAAGCACCGGACCAGUCUCUUUCUGCUAAAGUUACACAAAGUUUGCAUGGCUGAGAUGGUGCCACAGAGAGUGUGGGGAAGCAUAUGCUAGAAGCAUGCAACAACAAUCUAGAAAUGGCAGUGACCAUGUUCCUGGAUGGAGGGGGGAUCGCAGAGGAGCCCAGCACCAGCUCCAGUUCAGCAGGGGCCUCUAGCAGCAGAGCUCCCCCUGCAGAUGACCAAGUGCGGGCGCCCAUCCCUCAGAAGCAGGACAUACUGGUAGAGCCAGAGCCUAUGUUUGGAGCACCAAAGCGACGAAGACCUGCCCGGUCCAUAUUUGACGGUUUUAGGGACUUCCAAACAGAAACAAUCCGCCAGGAGCAGGAGCUGAGGAACGGCAGUGCGGUGGACAAGAAGCUCAGCACCCUGGCGGACCUGUUCCGGCCCCCCGUUGAGCUCAUGCACAAAGGCAGCUUCGAGACGGCGAAGGACUGUGGUCAGCUGGAGAACAAGUGGCUGAUGAUCAACAUCCAGAAUGUGCAGGACUUUGCCUGCCAGUGUCUCAACAGAGACGUGUGGAGCAACGACGCGGUCCGGACCAUCAUCAGGGAGCACUUCAUAUUCUGGCAGGUGUACCAUGACAGUGAAGAGGGCCAGAGGUAUAUCCAGUUCUACAAGCUCAAUAAGUUUCCCUAUAUCUCCAUUUUGGACCCCCGCACAGGUCAGAAGAUGGUGGAGUGGAACCAGUUGGAUGUUGCGUCGUUUCUGGAACAGGUGACGGGCUUCUUGACGGAACACGGCCAGCUAGACGGCCCAGCGUCCAGCCACCCGCCCCCGGCCAAACGGGCCCGCUCCGAAAGUCUGAUAGACGCCAGUGAGGACAGCCAGUUGGAGGCAGCCAUCAAAGCCUCCCUCCAGGAGACCCACUAUGAGUCGUCCUCCGCCCCCGACCUCCCCGACUCCCCCCACUCUGUAGAGGUAGACUCGGAUGGAGACUCAGACGAGGAGCCCUUCUCCGACAGCGAGGGCCUCAUCUCUGUCGACGGCUCGGACAACGAGACAACAGAUCCCCAGGAGGGCAGCUCCUGCUCCACGGGCGGAGACACCCCUCCUGGACCAGCCCCUCCCACAUCUGCAGCUGUAGCCCCCCAGCCCCCGCCACAGCCGGACAGCCCACCUGCCCGUCACAGGAAGUCCCCUCACAAAGAGAACAGCCACAGGAAAGAGGAGAGCAAAAAGAACCACCUGGAGCCUCUGGCUGCUGCGCCGGCCCGCUCCCAGGCCGACCCAGACUCAGAGCAUCGUUCUGGGGAGAACCAUCGCACCUCAACGGGCCAAAGCUCCAAAUCUGUUAAGACGGACACCUCCGACCUCGACCGCCUUGAUGACAAUGGUCCCAAGGCCAGACUGAUGCUGCGCUAUCCAGACGGACAGAGAGAGCAGAUCGCCCUGUCGUCCAAGGCCAAGCUUAUGGCUCUGGUUAGACAUGUCCAGUCGAAGGGCUACCCCAACGAACGCUUCGAGCUCGUCACCAACUUCCCCCGACGGAAGCUGGCCCACUUGGACUAUGACGUCACACUGCAGGAGGCGGGGCUUUGUCCACAGGAGACUGUAUUUGUGCAGGAAAGGAACUAAGCCAUGCAUUUUCUAUCUUCAGACCAUGCCCAUUUCACCAGUGACCCGGGAGGAUGUUACAGGCCGCUACUCCUGGGCUUUUUUUAUUUUGGAAUUAGACCAUGCCCCUAUUUGGGGACACCGAACUGUGGAUGAACUUCAUUACCCAUCAUUCCACUGGGAGGAAGUGACUGGCCUGUGUACUCUUUUUAGUAGGCAUUGUUGUUCAUCGUCAAUUACCGAAUGGAUUUUAGUUUUAUUCUGAGGUAAUAAACCAAUCGGAGUAGAACACCUUAAUGAUACUGUUAGAAAGAAGCUGAGGCCCCCAAAUAAUGAUCAGAGCUGGCAUCAGAGUUGGCUCAGGAAAACUUUACAGACUAUUAUCGCUAAAGGAUGUCAAAUGUCAGAUAUUUUUUUGAAGUUAAUACUUAUUUUUUGAUUCAUGAACACCUACAGCCAGGUAAAGGAGCGACAUGAACUCUGAUUGUUCCCAAAUUUGCUCUUCUACUUGCUGAUUGGGUGAGGGGACUUUGAAUACAGGAAUCGAUGGAGAGGGGUGUAGGGUCGUUCAAGGGAUUAUUUUUGGGGGGGGUGGGGUCGUCAACUGUUUACCUGCAGGAGUGGUGUAGCGAUUGACAUUUAGUCUUAGUCGGUGUGUGUGUGUAUAUAUUUAUAUAUAUAUAUCUUAUUUUUUUUCUACCCCAUUUCCAAGAAAAGAUGCUGAAAUAUAAUCAUAAAAUCAAAGGGAAACUUGUUUGCUCUAUUCCAUUUCUACCACGUAUUUGUCUAUCUGCAACCUGACUAAAUUGUGACCACAACCUCAGAAGUAUAGUGUUGGUGCUGAUGAUCAUUUCUUGAUACCCCCGCCCCAAUGUACUGAACGAUCUGGGUCAGUGUAAGCAAUGGGGGGUGUCAUCACUCUUACUAGCCCAACUAUAACUAAUAUCUAUUUUGUCUAGUCAGAUAUGAGGGAGAGGUAACAAGUAGAUUCUGUUUGGGGCCAUGUACAAUACUACUAAUCUGUUUUAAACCUUUACCCACAGACUGGAUAUGUCUGUCACAGGGUUUCAUCAUCUUCGCUGUGAGCUAAGAAUCCUAACAGUGGCAGAGCUAUCAAGCUGUGGAGUUCUGGUCUGAGUGAGAAGUUUAACAUUGUUGCAUACAACUGUCUUGAAUACAUUUUGGAGUAUUUGUAUGGUGCUUUCUAGAUUCCUAGAACCCAGUACAUUGAAUUUUAUCCAAAUCUAAUUAAAAUGUCAGGUCAGGUUAAAGGGAUACUGCAAGAUUCUGGCAAUUAAGCUGCAUUUUUUUACUUACCCAGAGUCAGAUGAACUCGUAGAUACCAUUUAUACUGUACUUGUAGACUUCCAGUCAUUGCUUCACGAAACUACCUAUUAACUUCCUUCAUACGGCACGCAGACAUAAAAAUGUUAUCCACAAGAUUAUCUGACUCUGGGUAAGUUGAAAAAUGACUUCAUUACCAGAAUCUCACAGUAUCCCUUUAAUCAUUCUGGGAAGUCAAAGUCCCCAUUUCAGUUAUGUACAGUCGUGGCCAAAAAUUUUGAGAAUGACACAAAUAUUAAUUUUCACAGUCUGCUUCCUCAGUUUGUAUGAUGGUAAUUUGCAUAUACUCCAGAAUGUUAUGAAGAGUGAUCAGAUGAAUUGCAAUUAAUUGCCAAGUCCCUCUUUGCCAUGCAAAUGAAUUGAAUCCCCCCCAAAAACAUUUCCACUGCAUUUCAGCCUUGCCACAAAAGGACCAGCUGACAUCAUGUCAGUGAUUCUCUCGUUAACACAGGUGUGAGUGUUGAUGAGGACAAGGCUGGAGAUCACUCUGUCAUGCUGAUUGAGUUUGAAUAACAGACUGGAAGCUUUAAAAGGAGGGCGGUGCUUGGAAUCAUUGUUCUUCCUCUGUCAAUCAUGGUUACCUGCAAGGAAACACGUGCCGUCAUCAUUGCUUUGCACAAAAAGGGCUUCACAGGCAAGGAUAUUGCUGCCAGUAAGAUUGCACCUAAAUCAACCAUUUAUCGGAUCAUCAACAACUUCAAGGAGAGCGGUUCAAUUGUUGUGAAGAAGACUUCAGAGCGCCCAAGAAAAUCCAGCAAGUGCCAGGACUGUCUCCUAAAGUUGAUUCAGCUGCGGGGCACCACCAGUACAGAGCUUGCUCAGGAAUGGCAGCAGGCAGGUGUGAGUGCAUCUGCAUGCAUAGUGAGGCGAAGACUUUUGGAGGAUGGCCUGGUGUCAAGAAGGGCAGCAAAGAAGCCACUUCUCUCCAGGAAAAACAUCAGGGACAGACUGAUAUUCUGCAAAAGGUACAGGGAUUGGACUGCUGAGGACUGGGGUAAAGUCAUUUUCUCUGAUGAAUCCCCUUUCCAAUUGUUUGGGGCAUCUGGAAAAAAGCUUGUCCGGAGAAGACAAGGUGAGCGCUACCAUCAGUCCUGUGUCAUGCCAACAGUAAAGCAUCCUGAGACCAUUCAUGUGUGGGGUUGCUUCUCAGCCAAGGGAGUUGGCUCACUCACAAUUUUGCCUAAGAAUACAGUUAUGAAUAAAGAAUGGUACCAACACAUCCUCCGAGAGCAACUUCUCCCAACCAUCCAGGAACAGUUUGGUGACGAACAAUGCCUUUUCCAGCAUGAUGGAGCACCUUGCCAUAAGGCAAAGUGAUAACUAAGUGGCUCUGGGAACAAAACAUAUUUUGGGUCCAUGGCCAGGAAACUCCCCAGACCUUAAUCCCAUUGAGAACUUGUGGUCAAUCCUCAAGAGGCGGGUGGACAAACUCCAAGCAUUGAUUAUGCAAGAAUGGGCUGCCAUCAGUCAGGAUGUGGCCCAGAAGUUAAUUGACAGCAUGCCAGGGCGGAUUGCAGAGGUCUUGAAAAAGAAGGGUCAACACUGCAAAUAUUGACUCUUUGCAUCAACUUCAUGUAAUUGUCAAUAAAAGCCUUUGACACUUAUGAAAUGCUUGUAAUUAUACUUCAGUAGUCCAUAGUAACAUCUGACAACAAUAUCUAAAGACACUGAAGCAGCAAACUUUGUGAAAAUGAAUAUUUGUGUCAUUCUCAAAACUUUUGGCCACGACUGCAGACUACCCAGAGGUGGGGCCACCAUAGAGAUACUGCUGAGAUGCAUAGAUAUACUAUCUAACUUCCAUUACAUCCACAAUUCUACACCCAUUGUUGAUACUUUGUUGACCUUUCAACCCUUGUUGACCUCCUUGCCCCUUGUUCUGGAACACCUGUGAGAGCAAACGUCAGAGUUGAAAGAGGGAUAUCUGCAGCUGAUUCAACAGGUGAGGUUGUUGACCCGGCUUCACUCCUCUUUCUGUGAAGGACAUCCCUUAUUUCCCCCUCUUCUCAUUUCUAGGAAUGGAACAGUGGCGCAGGAGGUUGGUUGGGGAGAACAGGCUCGUGGUAUUGGCUGGAGUGGAGUGGUAUCAUGCGUUUUGACAUUCCAUUCAAUCUGUUCCGGAUGUUAUUAUGAGCCAGAGUAUAUGAGCAGAGUUGAGCUGUUGGAAAUCCCACUCAUUGCUCGGUGAGCGCCGAGCAAAAAAUUGCUCGGCGCUCACAGGAAUAAAAAAAACUGCCAUAGGCUAUUUAACAAGGACCCAUAUCUGAUAAUAGGCUAUCUGGCCACUGUGUUUAAAAACAAAUACUUUUUUUCCUAAUCUAUUGAUGACCAGAUACUAGUAACUGGCUCUGUUGUGCUCACAUUUUACAGUUGAUACAAAACUUAAGCAUUGUUGCAAAUGUAACCAGUGUGAAAUGGCUGGCUAAUUAGCAGUGUGUGGCAUUUCAAUCACUGACGGCACUCACUCUGAGACCUUUCAGUAGUUGUUUCCCUUGCUCUGCAUGGAGCGAUAAGUAACGAUGCUUCGAGGGUGAAUGUUGUCUGUGUUCAGAGGAUUCCUGUUUUGAGCCCAGGUUAGGGCAAGGAGAGGGUGAUUGUUGUCUGUGUUCAGAGGAUUCCUGUUUUGAGCCCAGGUUAGGGCAAGGAGAGGGUGAAUGUUGUCUGUGUUCAGAGGAUUCCUGUGUUGAGCCCAGGUUAGGGCAAGGAGAGGGUGAUUGUUGUCUGUGUUCAGAGGAUUCCUGUUUUGAGCCCAGGUUAGGGCAAGGAGAGGGUGAUUGUUGUCUGUGUUCAGAGGAUUCCUGUUUUGAGCCCAGGUUAGGGCAAGGAGAGGGUGAUUGAAGCAACACUGUUACAUUGACCUAUUUUUUUGACGACUCCUAUCAAUAUAUCUGUGCAUUAAUGGAGCGGCAGGUAGCCUAGUGGUUAGAGCGUUGGAAUAGUAACCGAAAGGUUGCAAGAUCAAAUUCCCAAGCUGACAAGGUAAAGAUUUGUCGGUGUGUCAUUGAAAAUAAGAAUUUGUAAUUAACUGACUUGUUAAAUAAAGGUAACUUUUUUUUUUAA